CCUUUUUGCACAGCACAAGAAAUCAAAAAACAUGGAGAAAACGACAACGUUUCUUUCUCCUGCUUUCCUUGUUCUUCUCUUGUUACAAUUUCUCAAUUUUUCCCUCACAUGGUGUUCUUCGGAUUCAGUCGACCAAACUUUUCUCCAAUGCUUAGAAAAGCAAACAAAUUCCACAGACGAACUCUCGAAGAUAGUUUACACCCAAACAAAUCCCUCCUACACUUCAGUUUUACAGGCGUAUAUACGAAACGCCCGUUUCAAUGACUCCGAAACGUUGAAGCCUUUGAUCAUCGUUACUCCAUUAGAAGAAUCUCAUGUCCAAGCCGCGGUGAUUUGCUCUAAACAAAUUGGAUAUCAGCUUAAAAUCCGCAGUGGCGGCCAUGACUAUGAGGGGAUUUCUUAUAUUUCUGAAAAUCCGUUCUUUAUUCUCGACAUGUUUAAUUUACGGUUAAUUAAUAUUGACAUGGAUGACGAGUCUGCGUGGAUCGGAGCAGGCGCAACUUUGGGUGAAGUUUAUUUCAGGAUUUGGGAGAAAAGUAAAGUUCAUGGCUUUCCAGCCGGCCUUUGCUCCACUGUGGGCGUUGGUGGGCAUUUGAGCGGCGGAGGUUACGGAAACAUGCUGCGAAAGUAUGGUUUAUCAACUGAUAAUGUUGUUGAUGCUAAAAUUGUUGACGUCAAGGGGAGAAUUCUUGAUCGUGAAGCGAUGGGAGAGGAUCUAUUUUGGGCUCUUCGGGGGGGCGGCGGAGCGAGUUUUGGCGUUGUGUUAUCGUACAAGAUCAAAUUGGUUCCGGUUCCGGAGACAGUAACUGUUUUCAGAGUUGAGAGGCUUCUGGCAGAGAAUGCGACGGAUGUGGCUUAUAAAUGGCAGCUGGUGGCGCCGACGACGGAUAAAAAUUUGUUCUUGCGAAUGCUUUUGCAGCCCGUGACGAGGAACAAGACACUGACAAUCAGAGCAUCGAUUUUGGCCAUGUAUUUAGGUGGGGCCGAUGGCCUUGUGUCUCUUUUGGCUAAGGAUUUUCCUGAAUUGGGGCUGAAGAAAGAAAAUUGUAUGGAGAUGAGCUGGAUUGAUUCGGUUCUUUGGUGGGCUGGUUUCGAUAAUGGGAGUAAACCUGAUGUGUUGCUUGAUAGAAAUCUCAACCAGGCGAAUUUCUUGAAGAGAAAAUCAGACUAUGUUCAGAAACCGAUUCCGAAAUUUUCCCUGAAUUUGCUAUGGAAAACAAUGAUGGAAUUAGGAAAAAUUGGGCUGGUUUUCAAUCCUUAUGGUGGGAGAAUGGACGAAAUUCCUUCUUCAGAGACGGCCAUGCCACAUAGAGCUGGGAACUUAUACAAAAUACAGUACUCGGUGAAUUGGGAUGAGGCCAGUGUUGAGCUUGAGAAGAACUACACAUCUCAGGCCACAAGUCUUUACAGUUUCAUGACUCCAUUUGUGUCAAAAGAUCCGAGAAGUGCUUACUUGAACUACAGAGAUCUUGAUAUUGGAGUUAACCAUCAUGGUAAAGAUAGUUACAGUGAAGGUGAAGUCUACGGGAUGAAGUAUUUCAACGGGAAUUAUGAAAGAUUGGUGAAAGUGAAGACAACGUUUGAUCCUGAAAACUUCUUCAGAAAUGAGCAGAGCAUCCCUCCUAAAUCUGCCAUGUAAGGAAUUGAAAAGUCAUUCAGCUAUUUUGAUUUAAUUUUCUUGUUAAAGAGGCCUAAAAAUUAGUGGUUUAGUUUUGUAUGACAUUUAUGGAAGUUAUACAUUUUUUUUUCUUUUUAAAUAGUAUUUGUAGCAUGUGAUUUUACUAUUGGGUCGAUGGUAAUAAAAAAAAAUUUUCCCUUAA